CAGGCGCAGGACUCCCGGCUCCCGCGGCGCUCCCGGGCAGGGAUCGGGUCUGUUUUCUCCUUCUCUUUCUCUGUAUUGGAUGGAUAAUCAAGUACGGCUUCUUACAAAUACACCUCGUACGAGGAAGUGCUUUCUGUUGUCUGAAUUCCGGGUUAGCAAGUUAAAUCUUUUGUUUCCCUGAUCGGUCAGAAAGUCGGGAUAUGAUUGUUGGAAAUAAAAUACAUAACUCUUCAAGUACCAGGAUCACGUAGCAGGUGAUUGAAAGGCCUCUGCCAGAGACCAUGCUGAAGUUUCCAGGUUCAAGCCCCGACAUUUCCAGUUCAAAAGGCAGUAGGUGAUGAGAGAGAUCUCUUAAGACCCUGGAUAGCUGCUGCCGGUCAGAGUGAACAAUACCGACCUUGGUAGAGGAGGAGUCUGACUCAGCAGAAAGCAGCUUCCCAUGAAUGUGUGUUAAGAUCUUGGGUAGCAACUUCUGGAGACGUAAGAAUUGGGUCUGGGAGAACAUUAAAGACCAACGAGAUGUCCAGGGUAUGAGGUUUCGAGAGCCAGAACUGCCUUCGCCGGAUACCUCUGGAAAAGACUGUUGACACCUGCUGCCGGUCAGAGUCGGGAAUUCUGAGCCAAAGGAGCCCGUCGUCCGAUUCACCAGAGCGAAGAUUACCAUCUCUGAAGUCUCAGUAGAUUCUGCCACGCCAGUUUCUUCUGCUUUUCUCGUCUCUUGCAAGGAAAAUGCAUUUCCAAGUACUGCUCUGUGUGCUUCUGGCAUCAUCAUGGGCUGGCGCUUUGGAAAUCCAAGUCCCUGACGAUCCAGUGAUUGCCAUCUUCGGCCGUGAUACCACCUUGCCCUGUUCGUUUUCUCCCGACGCCAACUUCAGCCUUGCUGACCUCAGCCUCAUCUGGCAACUGACGUCCACUGAGCGGCUGGUGCACAGCUUUGCAGGGGGGCAGGAUGUGCUGGCCAACCAGGAGAGGAGCUACGCCAACCGCACUGCCCUCUUCUACGGCCAGCUGCCCCGGGGCAACGUCUCCCUGCUCUUGCGCCGCGUGCAGAUCUCCGAUGAGGGCAGCUUCACUUGUUUCGUCAGAGUUCGUGACUACAGCAGUGCAGCAGUGGCGCUUCAGGUUGCAGCUCUUUACUCCAAGCCAAACUUGAACCUGGAGCCCAACAAGAACUUGAAGCCAGGAGACCUGGUCACUGUGACGUGCCACGCCUUUCUGGGGUACCCCGAGGCAACGGUACUCUGGCAGGACGGCCAGGGCAAUAACAUCACAGAAAACGUCACCACCUCGCAAGUGGCCAACAGGGAGGGACUCUUUGACGUGCACAGCGUCCUCCGGGUGGCGCUGGAACCCUACAGCACCUACAGUUGCUUGGUGAAGAAUUCCCUCUUACAGCAGGAGAUCCAUACCUCUGUCACUAUCACAGGCCAACAUCUCAUGUUUCCAGCUGUGGCUCUCUGGGUAAGCGUGGGGCUGGCCAUCUGUCUCCUGGUGUUGUUGGGUGCCCUGGCCUACAUGUGUCAGAAGAAAAUCCGUCAGACUUGCAAAGAAGAGAAAGAGAAUGCUGGGAUAGAGGAGCAAGAUGACGGAGAAGGACCCAAGACAGCUUUGCAGCCUUUGAAGAACGUGGAGAUCAAAGAAGACAUUGGGGAAGAAAUCGACUGACACGAAUGGAAGGAGAUUUGCUAACUACACCCUGGAGGUCACAGACUGCAUCCCCUCGGAUCCUUCUCUGCAGAGGCAAUGUGGAAACCGUGGGCAAAACAAGGAACGAACGCCGCCUCUGCUGGAGCUUGCAGCUUGGUACCAUUUGGCUGCAGUGUCCCCCCACCCUCCUUUGUUCUCGUAUGUGCAGAUGAACCCUGGAUCCACCUGGCUGUCUCAAUGCAGGACUUUUGUCUUGCUUUUAGAAAUAGAGUGGAAUACUGUUUACAGUUCUUUGUCCUGCAACCCCAGCUCCUAGAGCCUCCCUUUCCCGGUUUUUAUUUUUGUGCUGUGCUGCCAGUUCACCCACCACCAAUAAGCCACGUCAACUGAAACAAAAUGGAACUGUGUUCCACCCAGAUUGGAACAAUUCGGAUAUCCGUGUACCAUAGAGGAUGGCAGCAAUCACGGAGUAUCUUAGCGCAGUGGCAAGUGAGAUGGCAGUAUUUAGAGCUGUUUGAAGGCCUGAGUUUGUGCUACGGAUUUGUCUGUGAUCUUGUCUAGGGUUCAUUUUUUCCUUUUGUCUGUGUGUGUUUGGAGGGGUGGGGGUGGAAAUCACUGGGCAUCUGUGAGAGCUGCCAAGAAUCCAUUCUACACAGUGAAGAUUGUACGCAAACGAACAAUCACUUUUACCUCCCUUUGGGAAAAAAUGGCAACCCGACACAGGGUUGGUUGACACUCUUACGAAUGAUGGGAGCACAUUUUUGGCACAGAGACGUCCAAGGUACAAUUGCUA